AUGCGGAACAAUGCACCUUUACGGGAGUUACAUGUGGCUCUCGUGGGCAUGUCUGGCUCGGGAAAGUCAGGUGCGAUUUCGUGGAUUCCCCCCUCCAAAUGCCAUGAUUUCAGCAAUCGCUGUCAAGUACAUUACGAAAAGGUUCAUUGGAGAAUACGAUUCGACUUUAGGUGAGAAUCCUCACAAGGGAGGUUAUUUUACGGGAAUUGAAAUUUGUCAAAAGGACCCUUGGAAUACGAAACCAAAGUCUUGAAAGUCCCAAACAUCCUAGAUUUCUAGAAAUAAGGCUCCGAAGCUCUAAAAGUGGCCUUUUCGAGGUUUUCUUUAACUUUGAGCAAUCCUUUCUCAAAAACUAGGGAGUCGUGCAGCUUGAGGCUUUUAGAAUCUUUUUUUCAGUAUUCUGAGGAGUGCUCCGAUUUUCAGGAAAUUCACAACUAUAAGGUAAAAUGACCCUCUUCUCGAUUAACAAAAGUGUUGAGCGGGGUUUGGCAAAAUCAUUUUUAUUGAUUUAUUACAGUAAUCACAGGAAAAAUACAAAAGAUGUAAAUUUUUAUCAUGGAUUGGUUCUUGUCUGCUUUUUUCAUUCUGGCAAAAUGAUUCCAAAAUUUUAAGUUUCCAAAAAAAAAACUAACUAAAACCUAGAAGUGCUAUAAUUGAGCUUUCAAGUUAUUUAGAGGUUUUAUUUUUGUAAACAUGUUCACAUAUUUAUGGAACUUCUCACCAUAAAGGUCAAUAUUUGAUCCUGAAAGUUUUCUUGUAAGUCCUGAAAAAAAUUUGAAAAGUUGGCUCUUAUUCUUACUUCCAUAAAUUGUUCCUAAACGGGUGGCAACGGUUUCCUUUUUACUGCCUUUUUCCGCCCUUUGAUCAGCCUUUAUCCACCCUUUUUGAUCCCUUUUGAGGAACACAAUAUUUUUUAAUUGAGAAUAAUCUUUGCCAGUGACUGUUUGAAAAUUUGCUACAGUAAUACAAUCGGAAAUCAUCAGUUUUUGAGACUUUCGUCACCCUUUUUGCGGCCUCUCCCUUAUUUCAUCCUUUUUUGAGGCUUUUCAGCCCACCAAGAAAGAAGGGCUCAAUAAAGGCCGCAAAACGGAGCCCUUUUUGCGGAUAUUUGGGAGUCACUCUUUUUUUGCACUUUUUCCGCACUUUCAACUUUGGCAGUGUCUGAAGCUUUACCAACUGUCCUUGAACUCUAUCUUUUCUCUGAUUUCAGAAGACACGUAUUGCCGUGAAGAAACUGUCGGAGGACAAUGUGUCAUGGUGUGGCUGAUGGAUACGGUAGAAAACGCUUCGAGAGACGAAAUGCGCUGGAUCGCGUGGGCUGACGUCUACAUCGUCGUUUAUGACGUCACGAGCCAGCUGAGCUUCCAGUGAGAGCUCGUGGAAGACUAAAGCGACGAAGAGAGGUUGCAGAUAUGCGGAAGGACUCCUCGAGAGAAUCGCCCGCCAUGAACACGUCCUAUGUGCCCGCGAACACCAACCUCUCCUUAUAGGCAACAAAAGCGAUUUGGAACGGUAUCGGUGGGUUUUUCGGGAGAUUUGCUUAAUCCGUGUCACUAUAAUCAGCGGGAUCAUACACCGGCUGGAUCCCACCCCAGCCUUUUGCGCGCGAAACAAAAAUUUGAAAAUUUACUGAAGUAGGCAUUUUUCGUGGGGUAAGCCGCAGCUUGAGGGGGGUAGGCCGCACCCCGAGGUGGGAUCCAGCCGACGUAUGAGCGGAAUAUAGUAGAUUGAACUGAUGAUUGAAGACAAGUAUCGGAGUCCGAGGGAGAAAGGCUCGCCGCACAGCACAAGGCCUACUUUGCCGAGUGCUCGGCCGCCAGCGACUUGCGACAAUUCACGAAAAUACUCCACAACACUAUUCAGGUGAGUCAGUCUUCCCAAAAAUCUUGGACUUACUCUCAAGAGGAGAACGACAAAAAUUAUGAAAAAUAACUCUAACAAAAAUGAGGGUGUAACCCAGAAAAAAGUGAACUUUUCGUUGAUGUUUUCGGUGCACCCUGCGUUGGACCUGGAGGGCGUGCACCCCUGGGGCAACCGGUCGAAAAUAAAAAUUUUUCGAGCUACCGUAACCGCCUAGGAUGAAACUGUAGAAAUGGUGAUAUUGGGAAACAAACCACUUUGAAAUCGUGUACGGAGUAAGUAACUUAAUAGGCAUUUAAAGGGGUACCCCCCGGUUACACUGCGGAGUGCACCGAGAGUUCAACGCGGGGCACCUCAACUUUUUUUUUAGAGAAGUUUCAAAUUAAAACUCCAUUCAGUCUCGCUAAUUUAUUCCCGGAUUCUCAAUCUCAAUCCCAGAACCUUUACAGAACUACCUUUCGGGAGCUCGCAGUCCUUCUCCUCGUCUUUGUUCUUCGGAUUCAGAAAUCGUCACUCCUCGUGAGUUUCGCGAUUUCGACAAUAAUGGACCCACCAAUUCGCAGGCAAAGGCGCAUUUUCGUCCCUCCGAUCGUCGAGCCGCUCGAGUCAAGUCAGGGCGAAAGCCUCUAAGCCACUGGUCCAGCUCCAAAAGACGCCAUCUCUAAGUAAACUCAAGACUGGAAGCAAACUUCUCAAACUGUUCCAUAACUGAACUUGAUAAAUAUUUCAUUAUUAUAGUUUUCUGUUUCUUUUUUAUCAACCGUUCUUUCUCAGAAAUACUUGAAUACUUUGUUGAGCUAUUUUUUAAAUUCGAUUUUGGUUCUGAGGGAAAACCCGUGUUUAAACAAAACUUUAAUUUUCAAAAAACGCCAUUUUUUUUUUUCUUAUUUCGCUAAUUUCAAAAAAGUGGUUUUGGCGAGCAGGUUCCGUAUUUUCAUACAUGCUUUUCGAGGAGUUUGAAAAUUUCUCUUACUGAUGCCAGCGCUAUAGUCCAUCCAUCCUGACUUGAAAGGCGAGGGAGGUGGAGAAUCGGGCGGGACGCGUAGCGUGUGCGUACGCGGUUUUUUUGGCACGAGUCCAAUCCAACCGCCAGCGACUAUUUGGAGAGCUCGUUUAUCGCUCUUUUCAUUUAUUUUUCAAUUCGUUAUAGAUUUUUUUUUUGUUGCGCAUUGAAAAAUAGUAUAAUAGGUACAAAAAAGCAUAGAACAAACUUUUUGAAGUCGGUGGCGCUGGAAUUGAACUCGUGCCAAGAACCGCGUACGCACACGCUACGCGUCCCGCCCACUUCACCGCAUUCCUCGCCUUUCAAGUCGGGAAUUAUUGACUAUAGAUUGAAUGAGAUAGAGGACAAAAAAAAAGUAUAAUUGAGGUAAAAUGGCAAAAUUUUCAAAGAAGAACAACGUCGACAACAGAAUCGACUUGUUGCUCCGUGGUGCAGUGACAAAAGGUUUGAUAGAAAAUCAUUAUCAAACAGAAAACGAUGUUUAGAUAACCAAGAGUUGAUCGACAAGAGACUGAUGUCGGACAGCGACAGAAUAAUGCGCCAAACGAUUCAAUUCCGACGGAUUGCCACCGUCGCCUCGGAAAACACCAAACACCAGGGGUUGGCUAUAAAUUUCACAUUUUUGAGAACUUUUUUCUCAUGAAAGAAGAAGUGAUUGAUAGAAAAAGCCAAUGAUCAUUUUCAGCAACAGAAAAGAAACCGUCUUUUUUUGACAGUAGGAUCUAAAAUGUGGCAGGGCUGUUUCAAGUUUAGCAAAACUUACUUUUUCAAACUCCCAAGGAAACCUAAAAUUCAUCGAUGGAAAUUUUUUCUCGGUUUGGAGCAUUUAAGCUUGAGAAUUUUCAUACUCCGGCGAAGUCGGAAGGGUGGAUAAUGGCCGCUGAAAGGAGAAGGCUCAAAAAAACGGCCUCAGAAAGGCAGCAAAAUGAGUCCUUUUAUCGAGCCUUGGCUGCAAAAAUGGUGCAUAAAAGCCGAUCAAAUGGCGCAAAAAGGCGGCAAAAAAGGAAAUUUUCUAUGGAGCCUUUUUGGACCGUUUCCGACUUAGCCUAUGUAAAACGAAAAAAAAACGUAGCAAUGUCCAAGAUACUUCUAGGAUUGUUCGUUUAUGAAAGGAUAACUUUCAAAUUUUUUUUUUAUUUAGCCCAGACAGCUCAUAUUUUUCUUUCUGAGAACCUGCCGAAGUUGAAAAUUUGCUUUUAAGCAGCAGUAAUGUUAAGGUAUACGCUAGUGGUUGCGGAGGCGAGCGAAGAACUCGCAGCUGCGAAAAAACUCAAAUCGAGAGGACUGCGGCCGCUUCCGCGCUGCUGCGUCGUCGACCCACCGCCACCGGCCGACCUUCUCAUCCGACAGCUUUUCACUUCGCGAUGA